AUGACGGCGAGGCAACACGCCUCCAUGGCCUCCUCCGAGUUGACGGGCGUGUGCAUCAGUGAUGAGGGCGCCCUCACAGAGGUCACUUUUCCGUGGCCGCAAGAGAUUGACGGGCGAAGCCGCUCGAGCGGACAGCUCGGUGGACUCCCUGCGUGGGUGUUCUUUCCAGAGCGGGCUCAUGACUUGCGGAACAUGACGAUCUCGGAGAUUGCUUCAGACGUUGGCAGCCUCACUGAUGAAAGACAGGACUACAUCAUCUUGACCUUGAUGAAGGCCAAUGAGAAGUUCAGCCGCAAUCAUCACGCAGAGGAUCUGGCAGCAAAGCGCAUGGCGGAAAUCGGCUUAAAGUUCAUCUUUGGGCCUGUGGUGGUCCUUCGGCUUCGGCAUCCAUCACGUGCCACGCGAGUCCAGGACCCACUGUCAGUGCAAGAAGUUCGGAGAUUGCUGGCCAUGAUUGUGAUCGACGCAGUGGCGCCUGGGAUGUCCGUCAAGGAAGUCAUCGCCUUGGCGCAUGAGCAGGUCGAGGGUGCGUGCGCCUGUUUGAGAUUCAAAGGUGGACGGGUCACUGCCGAGCGAGCGUCCGAGGGACCCGCAGCCAUCCCGAUCAGUCGGCCCUGCCGUGACUUCCCGAACUGCAAGAAAGGCCGGCUGUGCCACUUUGCACAUGCUGAACCCGAUGUGCGUCAGCUCGGCCAGGAGACCCACCCACUUCGGAAGUCCAAGUUAUGCAUGAAUUUCAUCAAGAACGGCUCUUGUGAGUACGGCACGUACUGCAAUUUCGCACAUGGACAUCAGGAGCUAGUACCCGUCGCCCCUUCUGAGUCCCUAGAGCUGCAGUUCGAGGUUCGAGCAGCAAGUGGCCGUACACAGGAUUGCAAGGCUGCUGCUUGGAUGACUCUUGGUGCUGUGGAGCAGCUCAGCAGUGACCAUCUGCAGCUCGCUUACAGUGAUGGUGUGAGCGUCCUGGACAAAGCCACGAAGAUGAUCGAGAUGGACGCCUUGAAGCUGGCCGAGGGCAUCACAGCCAUUCAAAAUCAAAAGAACGCAGUCAAGUACAACAGUCUGCCCUGCCGUGACUACCCGAAUUGCAAGAAAGGCCGGCUGUGCCACUUUGCCCAUGCUGAACCUGACUUGCAUCAGCGCCAGGAGACCCACCCACGUUUGAAGUCUAAGCUAUGCAGGAACAUCAUGGAGGACGGCGUGUGUAAGUUCGGCGCGAACUGCAUGUUCGCACAUGGAGAUCAUGAGCUCCAAAAAAGACCCUGCAAAUAUGGCAAGGACUGCGAUCGCCCAGAUUGCUUUUUCGAGCACCCCGAAGGCUGGCAAAAGCAACAAGUACCUGUCCUGGGAUCUGCAUGCGAUGCUGCAGCUGCUGUGGCAGAGGAAGUUCCAGGUAAAGAAGGCCAGCUGGACAAAGCUAUGGGAGGCACUGUCGAGAGGAUUCGGCAAGAGGAGGAGCAGGCCCCGGCAGCGGCAGAAGCCGCAAAGCAAGCGGGCUUUCCAUCAGCACCGGGGACACUGGGUUCGUUCGUGCACAAAGUCGUAGAGGGCCUGGUGGUGAUGUUGGGUGCCGGUGAUGUGGCGCAGCUCCGAGGGGGCGUAGUAAUGGUUGUGACCAAACGGGUUUACGAGAUGCACAAGCCACGUUUUGAGCCGGUGGGUCGAGAGCCCUGCCCUCCGCUGCCAGGCGCGGCUGUUGCUCUGAGUCCGAUCUUGGAUCUCAGCCCACAUGAAGUGCCUUUCGAUGAUCCGGUUCUGCUCAUUGUGCCUGUUUGCACGGGUGCCGACGCAGCCUGGCGAUCGCUGCCACAAGGCGGCUGGGAGGAGCUGGUGUGCCUGCAGUUCUGCCCCGGCUUUGCCAUCCUGCGCCUGGACCACUUCUGCCAAGUGGUUGUAGGGAGCAGUGGGCGCGUUCGAGCGCCCAUCAGCGUCCGGGGCUUCAUCAACAGGCAUCGUGAGCCGCCGGUGGCAAGAUGGGCAAUCUUGCAGGAUGGUUGUGACACGUGCCUCGACAUGAUGCGCCAAUCUCGCAGGGGAAUAUUGAAGGACUUCGAGGAAUGCAUCCAGGUUCAUGUGCCAGGUUCAUACGACAACUUACAUCCUCUUCCUGUAUCUGAGGGACUUCACCCAGAAGAGCAUGACGAAGUGUGCCUGCGAUUCACGCACUUUCCCAGACACUCUAGCACCGAGUGGAAAGUGCAGGGACCUACCUUUAGCGAGUUCACGAUUUACGUCGAUGGCAUUCCGUACACCUUCUGCUUACCUGAUGCCCCUGCCAUCCCGCCACCAGCCGAUGCAGACCAGCAGAUGUUCCUUGUACCCCAAGAAGGAAGCACCAUCCAGGUGUCUGCAGCCAAUGGCAGUUCCGACGUCUACAUGGAGGGAGGCCUGCUGGACUCUUCGGCGAUUGUGCGGGCAUCAGACCUCCAAGACACAGCCGCCUCCUUGGGCAGUGUCGAGUUCAGCACAGCCUCCACAUCCUACCUUGCGCCGAACCUUCCGGCCCCGCCAAUGCCAGAUCUGCCCGAGGGAUUACCGGAGCGACCGCCUCCACCCCCGCCGGCGCGGCUACCGGUGCCGCCCAAUUGGAAGAGGGAUGUGCGAAAGGAGAAGUGGUAUGUCCCGUACCGCAUGAAAGUCUUUACGCUGAUUCAAAACCGCAUGGAAGGCGGUGCUGCAGAAGUUACGCUGGUUGGAAUUGAGCCGUGCAAAGAGAAUGUUUGUACCUGCCUGGAGUAUCCAGCACUCUUGCAGGACUUGUUCGCAGCGUUCCACGAAAGACGCCCGCCUUUCUACCUCAACUGGGAAACCGAGGUCAUCGCUUGGAACAAGAUUCACAAGCAGUAUGCCAGUCAAAAUCCGACCACCCUGCAAGAGCAGCUACAGGACUUCUCCAGAAGAGGCAACGACGUGAUCAUCGUGUCAGCUCCUGAAGAUCAGUUCAGCACUGCGCGGGAGGCCAUCAACGCGCACAACCAGCGAGAUCUUCCUGGCCACGGGAAGGCGUGGGAAGGCUGGGCAACAGCGGAUGACAUGCUCAACCCCGACCCCCUCCGCCAGCAGUGA